AUGUCUUCGGACUCCGACGAUGAUAUGCCUCUCGCCAGAGCGAGCGCACCUGUCUCCAAGGCACACAUCUCGAAAGCGGACGAUAAGGCCAUGGAUAAAGCUAUGGACAAGGCCGGAAUGAAGUCAGACAAUAUCCCGGUGGGCAUAUCCGUUAGGAAUGGACCUGUCCUGGGAGACGAGAUGGAUGUGGACCCCCCAAUUACGAAUGGUCACGCGAAACGGAAGUCCCGAGGCAGCACUUCAAAGGCCGUAAACUACAACGUGGGGUCGGAAAGUGAAGAGGAUGUACCAUUGGCCAAACGUCAAAGAACCGCAAAGAAGACUGUGGAUUCGGACUCGGAUGAUGAGCCAUUGGCAGCUAAGAAGUCCGGAAAGCUACCUCCCAAGGCUACCGAAACUUCUUAUGGACAGUCCUCUGAUGACGAUGAACCUCUGACCCAUCUUGCCCAGAAGAAAGCCUCGAUCGAGAAAAAGGCCGAAAAGGAAGCCAAGGCCAUUCAAGCCAAGGAUGCCAAGAAGGGAAAGAAACCCAUCAAAAAGGCCGAUUCUGACGAGGAUGUCAAGCCAAAGAACAAGCGGAAAGCCGCUGCCACGCCAACCACAAAGAAGGCAAAUGGUGUAAAGAAAGAGGAAUCGGACUCCGACGCUCCACUUUCGAAGAAAGUAUCGGCAAAAAAGACAAAUGGCAAAGUCAAGGCCGAAACUGCCUCUCCUGUAAAGAAGGGUAAGGGCAAGAAAGAGGAAAGCGAGGACGUCGAGGAGGUGUAUCGAUGGUGGGAUGCUCCAAAAAAGGAAGACGAUAGUGUCAAAUGGGACACCCUGCAACACAAUGGCGUUGUUUUCCCUCCUGAGUACGAGCCACUUCCCACAAAUGUCAAGCUUCUUUACGAUGGGAUCCCUCUUACUCUCUCUACAGAGGCCGAGGAGAUUGCCGGCUUCUUCGGUGCUAUGCUCAAUUCCACUCACAAUGUGGAGAAUCCAACUUUCCAAAAGAACUUCUUCGCAGACUUCACCGACGAAGUUAAGAAGACUGGUGGCGCUAAGGACGAGGAUGGCAACAAGGUUGCUAUUAAGGACUUUGAGAAACUCGACUUCAAACCGAUCUUCAAUUACUAUGAUGGGAAAAAUCAAGAGAAGAAGGCUCGAUCAGCCGCCGAGAAGAAGGCAGACAAGGCAGAGAAGGAUAAAAUCGAAGCACCAUAUGUGCAUUGCAUAUGGGACGGCCGCAAAGAGCAAGUGGGCAACUUCAGAGUUGAACCUCCGGGGCUUUUUAGGGGUCGUGGUGAGCAUCCAAAAACAGGCAAGGUCAAACGCAGAGUCACACCCGAGCAGAUCACAAUCAACAUCGGUAAGGAAGCCACGGUUCCUACUCCACCCGAGGGACAUAAGUGGAAAAAUAUCUCCCACGAUAACAAGGCUACUUGGCUUGCGAUGUGGCAAGAGAACAUCAACGGAGCUUAUAAGUAUGUCAUGCUUGCAGCGAAGAGUAGUAUCAAGGGCCAGAGCGACCACAAGAAAUUUGAGAAGGCCCGAGAGCUCAAGAAGCAUAUUGCUCGUAUUCGAAAGGACUACAAUAAAGAGCUGAAGGCUGAGUUGAUGGCUGAUCGGCAACGUGCGACGGCAGUCUAUCUCAUUGACAAGUUUGCGCUGCGUGCCGGUAAUGAAAAAGAUUCCGAGAACGAGGCCGAAACAGUUGGAUGUUGCUCUCUGAAAUUUGAGCAUGUUACACUUUCGAAUGAUCCACACCCUAACACCGUCAUUUUUGAUUUCCUCGGAAAAGAUAGUAUUCGGUUCUACCAGGAAGUGCGUGUCGAUACGCAAGUCUUCAAGAAUCUCAAACUGUUCAAGAAGUCCCCAAAGAAGGAUGGUGACGAUAUCUUUGACCGACUUACGACGACCCAACUUAACAAGCAUUUGACAAGUUACAUGCCAGGUCUGAGUGCCAAGGUUUUCCGUACCUACAAUGCUUCCUACACCAUGUCCAACCUGUUGAAAGAGCUGAAGGGCUCCAAAAACCUGUCUAUUCAAGAAAAGGUCAAGCUCUAUAACGAUUGCAACAGAGAGGUCGCCAUUUUGUGUAACCACAAGCGUACUGUGGGAGCCGGCCAUGAGGCCCAAAUGGAAAAGAUGACAGACAGGAUCAAGGGCCUUCACUACCAGCAAUGGCGCAUUAAGCAUAUGAUGAUAGAUAUCGAUCCCAAGAUAAAGAAGAAGAAGCCAGCCAGCUUUUUCGAGUUACACGAAGACCUUGAUGAGGAAUGGAUCCAUUCUCACCAGGCCUUCCUUAUCGAGGAGCAGCGUACAAAGAUCGAGAAGAAAUUCCAAAAGGACAACGAGAAGCUCGUCGCCGAGGGCAAGAAAGAAAUGAAGGCCAAGGAACUCACCGAGAGACUUGAAGUCGUCACUGACCUAGAAAAGAAGUUCAAAAAGGAGAACAAGACCAAGAAGGUCGAGGCUGAGGGCAAAGGUCCAAGUAUUGAGAAGUGCGAAGCGAAUCUCAAGAAGCUUGAUGAGAGGAUCAAUACUAUGAGACUGCAGGCCGAAGACCGAGAAGGCAAUAAAGAGGUUGCACUCGGCACAAGUAAGAUAAACUACAUCGAUCCUCGUCUCACAGUUGUCUUCGCCAAGAAAUUCGAUGUCCCUGUUGAGAAGUUCUUCUCCAAGACACUCCGCGAGAAGUUCGCCUGGGCCAUUGAGUCACUUGAGGAUGAUGAAGGUGAUUGGGAGUUUUGA